GGCUGGGGGGGAGGCAGGACACAGGUUCAGGACAGGGCACCCCAGAGCAGAGCUUCCUCCUUGCUACUGCCGCAGGAGCAGCCUUGCGCCCGUCAUGGGGCUGUCCUGGAAGGAGAAGGUCUUCCUGGCCCUGCUGGGGUCUGCGGUGGCCUUGGGGCUCACCGCGCUUGUUCUCGUCCUGGUGGAGGCUGUCAACGUCCUCCUGCCCCCAGACACCAAGUUCGGGAUCGUGUUCGACGCUGGCUCCUCCCAUACGUCCCUCUUCGUGUAUCGGUGGCCGGUGGACAAGGAGAACGGCACGGGCGUGGUCAGCCAGGCCCUGGCCUGCCAGGUGGAAGGGCCUGGAAUCUCCUCCUACGCCUCCAACCCUGCACAGGCCGGCGAGAGCCUUCGGGGCUGCCUGGAGGAGGCGCUGGCGCUGAUCCCAGAGGCCCAGCAUCGGGGGACGCCCAUGUUCUUGGGGGCCACGGCCGGCAUGAGGCUGCUCAGCCAGAAGAACAGCUCCCAGGCAGGGGACAUCUUUGCAGCAGUCACCCGGGUCCUGGGCGGGUCUCCUGUGGAUUUUCAGGGCGCCAAGCUCCUGGACGGGCAGGACGAAGGCGCCUUUGGCUGGAUCACCAUCAACUACGUCCUGGGGCUGCUCAUCAAGUACUCCUUCUCUGGAAAAUGGACCCGGCCUCCGGAGGGGACACUGGUGGGCGCCCUGGACCUGGGAGGGGCCUCCACCCAGAUCGCCUUUGUACCCCGGGGCCCCGUCUUGGACACGAGCACCCAGGCCACCUUCCACCUCUACGGCUCCAGCUACAGCGUCUACACUCGCAGCUACCUCUGCUAUGGGCGGGACCAGAUGCUGAGCCGCCUCCUGGCCGGGCUGGUGCAGAGGCAGAACCACUCAGCCGGCCCGGUGGGACACCCCUGCUACCACAGCGGCUACCGCACCACACUGCCCCUGGCCUCCCUGUACGAGUCGCCCUGUGUCCACACUGCAGCCCCCCAGAACCUCACCCAGAACCUCACAGUGGAAGGGACGGGCAACCCUGGGGCCUGCGUCGUGGCCAUCCGCGAACUCUUCAACUGCUCCAGCCACCAGGGCCUAGGGGACUGUGCCUUUGACAGGGUCCACCAGCCCCCGCUGUGGGGCCAGUUCUACGUGAGACCCCCACUGCCCGCCAGGGAGAGGAGGGACAGGAGGGAUGGGCCAAGCCCUGGCUGGCUCUUGGGGACUCUGGGACACCUGUGGGUGGGGCUUCCUCCAACCCCAGGUGCACUUGGGCGUGGCCCCAGGGACACCCAUGUCCUCCCACCCCAGGCCUUCUCCAACUUCUACUACACCUUCCACUUCCUGAACCUCACGUCCCAGCAGUCACUGGGCGCUGCCAACGACACUGUCUGGGAGUUCUGCCAGGAGUCCUGGGAGCAGGUGGAGGCCAGCUAUCCCGGGCAGGACCGCUGGCUGCGGGACUACUGUGCCUGCGGCCUGUACAUCCUCACGCUCCUGACAGAGGGCUACGGGUUCAGCGAGGAGACCUGGCCCAGCAUCCAGUUCCGCAAGCAGGCUGGCGGCAUGGACAUCGGCUGGACGCUGGGCUAUAUGCUGAACCUGACCGGCAUGAUCCCGGCCGAGGCGCCGGCCCAGUGGCGCGCAGAGAGCUACGGCAUCUGGGCAGCUGGAGUGGCGUUCGUGGUGCUGACCCUGCUGGCUGUUCUUGGAGCUGCCGCGGUCCAGUUCAUCUGGCCCCGGGACUAGCGGGAAGGCAGCGGCCCAGCCCGCCCUGGAUCCCGGAGCCUUCCUGAUCCCCGACGCGUGCAGUGCCUUGUUCUCUGCGCUCUGGCCCCGCAGGCCUGGACAUGUGGUGCCACUCUGCCACCAGGUUGUGCUGGCCGUGAAGACUGCAUGGCCCCCCAGCGCCCCACGGCCCCCCAUCCCAGCGUCCCCGGGCCCCUCUCCCCGGCACCUCUUCCCUGCAGCACCCAGGGCUGUGUGCAGGGGCCUGCGUGGAGCCUGGCUCGGGGGCCAACGCUGCAGCAGGGUGGGCCUGGCUCCCAGGAGCCAGCAAAGGGACGCUGGGAGCCACAGCAGGAGGCCGAGAGGGAAGCAGGGCCGCCUGGACCAGUGGCCUUCGCUGUCCGACCAGCUGGACAGAGUCCAGCAACGUGGUGUCUCCCGGGCCACCCCCACACCCUCUUCGGUCACACCCCUCGCGUCGCCAAGCCUGGAAUGUGGACCGCACCGUGGGGGCGUCUUUAUUAAAACCUCCUGAACACA